AGGCCAGUGGUGAUGUAAACAAGGAAGUGGCGAGUGCAACCGAGCCCCGUUAAAGACAAACCGAAUUUGAAUAAAGGACUUCCUGCAUUUGUGGACGGAUAAAGUGUCAUCUCCCACUUUUGGAAGCGAGUUGAAUCAAUGCGCUCGCUUUGACAUCGUCUGUUAGUUACCUUGUCGGAUGGAGAAUGGAUGAAAAGCACAAGAAGAUUCUUCAGUGCAACAGGACCAGUCUGGUGAGGGACCUGGAGCCAUCAGACCUCUAUGACGGCCUCCUCGAAAAGGGAGUUUUCACCCAGGACAUGAUCGACGAGAUCAAGGGCUCGGGGACCAGACGUGACCAGGCCAGGCAGCUGGUCCGGGACUUGGAGACCCGCGGCAGUCGAGCCUUCCCAUUGUUCCUGCAGUGUCUCCAGGAGGCGGGUCAGCAGAGUCUGGCCGAGCUCCUGCGGAAUGGCAUUCCGACGGUUCACCUGCAGCCCGCAGCACCCACUCAGGUCGAUCGCCCGGUUGUCAAGCCUCUCCCAGUCACCUCCCCGAUGGAUGUUGAUAAGCAGAGAAAAGACAACGUCCCUGUCCAUCCAAUACAGAGACCCGGCACUACUCCCACUCCAUCACCUGAAAGGGAGAGCAUGAGACCCAGGCCUCCGGGCAGAGUACGACGGGACAGCAUCCAGAGCUAUAAAAUGGACGCCAGCCCCCGGGGACACUGCCUCAUCAUAAACAACGUGGAGUUUGAGCCUCGGAGCGAGCUGAGCAAUCGCAAAGGCUCCAACGUCGACUGCCACAAGCUGGAGAGGAGAUUCGAGUCUCUCAACUUCCUCGUGGAAGUCAGGACAAACCUGAAACAAAGACAAAUGAAGCACGAACUGUCGGCUUUGUCUAAGAAGGACCACUCCCAGUAUGACUGCUGUGUGGUUAUCAUGCUGUCUCAUGGGGCUGAGGUGAGUCACAACCGUUUCCCCGGUGCAGUGUACGGUGUGGACGGACAGUACGUCUCAGUUCAGCACAUCACAAACUACCUCAACGGCCAGCAUUGCCCUUCGUUACAGGGCAAACCCAAACUUUUCUUCAUCCAGGCGUGUGGAGGAGGUGAAAGAGACACCGGCUUUGAGGUGUCCCCCGAUGAAGUCGAACCACCCGUACUCGGAGCAGAUGACCAGACGGACGCCAUUCCGACGUCGUCCAGCAGCGACUCCCUGAGCACGUCAGACGAACCUGACGCCAGAGCCACUCUGCCCACGCCAAGUGACAUUCUGGUGUCCUACUCCACUUUUCCAGGCUACGUUUCUUGGAGAGACACUGAGUCAGGAUCCUGGUAUGUUAAGACAAUGGACCGUAUUCUUGAGGAAAAUGCUGCUACUGAUGACUUGGUUACAAUGUUGAUGAUGGUUAACAAUGAGGUCUCCCAAAACUCUGCAAAAGGGCUCUACAAGCAAAUGCCUGGUUCCUUUAACUUCCUCCGCAAACUUCUCUACUUUCAAACCCAAGCAUAGUUCAAUUUCAGCUCAACUUUCGGGACCAGGUUUAAUGUUUAUCAAUUUCAGUGUCAUGAAUCAUGAUUGUAAUUUCUUUGGAUUACGUAUCAGAAAUGCUAAUGCUUCACAGUACAAUUGUAUGGAUUGGCAUGCCUCCAUUUUUAGUCUUUUGCAACUUUGCUAAAUGAAACUGGGUGUAUGUAAUCUUGGAAAGAAAACCUUUAUGUACUUGUGGUUAAAGUUAAAGUAGUUAGUUAAAAGAAAGUUAGUUUCUCUUAUAUUGGUGUCCUAGCGACACAUUUUCAAGAGCAGACAAUCAACCUAAUUUUCAGUUUGUGCUCAGCAAAUUGACUUUUGUUUUUUAGUCGCUUUUAUAAACUGAUCUUGUUUACAAA